CGGUUGAGGUGAGGCCCGGGAGCCGGUUCACCAGUCCCUCUGUCGGCUCUGCUGCCGGCGCUCGACUAUCGCGUCAGCUCGCCUUCGUGAUCAUCACCUGGGGUGUCUGAGUGACCCGAUCGGUCCCUGGGUCACCUGUCCGCCCCUUCGUCUGCCUGUGCGCGGUACUGGGCUCGAUCGUGUGCUUCUGUCAGCCCUCGCCUUCUUUUCUCACACCAUGCCACGAGUCGGGAAGGCCGGUCAUCGCGACCCGGCCCUGGAGCUGGAGAUACAGCGCUGGAUCGAGGCAGUCACGGGCGAGACGUGGCCCUCUGACGCCGAGUACGGGGCCGUGCUACGUGACGGACAAGUACUCUGUCGGCUGAUGAACAAACUCAGCCCCGGCGCCAUCAAGAAAAUCAACACCUCCGGAGCUGCCUUCAAGUUUGUGGAAAACAUCAAUAAUGUGCAGCAGGCUAUAAAGAAGUACGGUGUCCCGGACCUCGACCUGUUCCAAACGCCGGACCUCUUUGAGAAAAAGGACAUCCCGGCCGUAACAAACGCCAUAUACGCUCUCGGCAGGCAGACCUACCACCACCCGGAAUGGAAGGGACCGUGGCUAGGGCCGAAACCCGGCGAGGAGUAGCGGCUGAGGGCAUCGCACGAAGGCGUACGGCGCCGUGCGGAGACGGUCUGCGCUUCAGGGAAACGGGCGGCGCAAUGCGGAUUGCGGAGUCAGCCUACGGUCGCAGAAGUACGGACAGCGCUGCGCCAAGACACAAGAUUACGCCGCUGAUAGCUGGACACUGCUUCCUACAAAAGCCCGAUAACGGAGCUUUAUACUGAAAAACUCAAAAGCUUUGCUAACAUUCCUAAGCGUAUCGCUUUUAUGAAAUAAUAUACCGAUUCGCUAGCAGUUACGAUGGUUUU